ACUGGCCAAAUCAACAAGCGGCCGUGCUUCGCUUGACUUUUUGUGAAAAUUAUAAUAAUAGUUACUGUAAUCGUUUUUCUAUUACCCUAUAUAUAAAUCAUCUUUCUUAAACGUUAAAUUACUUAUUGAAUUGCUGUAUUGUGAUCCGGCAUAUGGAAAUACUGAGAAUUUGGGCUUUUUUCAAGUGACAGAUGUUUCCAUGCUAAAACGCGCCAGAUUUCAAUAAAAUAAAGUGAAAUUGCGAUUUAAUAAUGGAGGAUUCCAGUGAUAACAUUAUCACUUUUAAUUCAUCAGCAGGAGAUUCAGAGACGAAGACAGAGGUGCCCGUAAGUCCCGACAAACCCAAGGAUAUAUCUCAGAACCUCUUCCCCGAGAGUCCGGUGUAUGAACCUGAUGAUGAAGUAAAAUGCAUUGAGGAUGACAGCAAUAUGAAUGAUCAGGUCGAAAAAGAUGACAACCCCGUCCACGCUAAACGGAAACUGUCAGAGGAAACAUGUGAUAACAACGCUAAAAUACUUAAACUGGAUCUGACGGAAGACGGAGUUACUGUGACGACGCAGACCUUGGACGACGAGGUGUCGGAAAUCAAUGAUAUGGGAAACCAGAAUGAGGAACUACCCUCGACAUCGCGCGCGCGGACGCCAGUGCGGUCGAGUCCUGGGAGGAACAAGAGAGGCAACAGCGUCGAAGUCACCCCAAAAACCCCAAAACCUCGAUCCGCCAGUGUCGAAGUCGUCGCCAAGAACCCAAGAACCCCAAAAUCUAGAUCCGCCAGUGUCGAUGUCGCCCCUAAAACCCCAAAAACCCCAAAAUCCAGGUCCGCCAGUGUUGACAUAUCUAAAGCUCAGACGCCCCGCAGAGUACCGUUAGAUUUAUUAGCAGAAAAAGACGAUGACGUCAUUAUACAUUCCGAUGACAGUUCAAGCCGACUGAGCGUGGAGUUCGUUAGAGAACUGCCAGCGCGGAAACUACCGGACACCAUCCCAGAAGAAAGCGGCUCCGAACUGAACGAUUCGCAGAACUUCCAUUUAAUUCUGUCGCCGGUCGAGAACUAUGACCCGAACGAUAACGAGAAAUCGAAUGCAGACACGAACUACGAUACUGAGAAAGUGACCGGCAAAGAGAGGGAAGUUAUUGAUGCUGGGAAGGUUGCGACUAGAAGCGGCUACAACUACUCCGAGAUGAGCAGCGUCACAUCUCAGGCACCAAACGACUGUAAGGAACGUGCGACGGACCAGGAGAGCACGGAUAGCAUAGGGUCGAUGGGCCUCGACAGCCCCGAACCAGUUGCUAGCGUCGCUUCCAAGCUCAUAUCCAAGCUGUCUAACGGAAACUCAUCCACACCGACGGACGUCAACGAUCCGGCUCAAGAAAUAACCCCCGAUAUGUGCAAGCUGAAUGGGAACAAGGGGAAACGGGGGAAAAACGAAUCGUUCAGAGUCAGCAACACGACGACGCCGUCCACCAUAUCGCCUUUGCAGAACGGACAUUCCUUGCCUAUAAGCACACCCCUGAUUCCGGUUUUCGACGUACAUGUCAGUCACAACGAGGACUGCGAGUUCCUGUCGUUGUACGUCGUUAGAACCGAUAACGACGUGGGCAUGGACAUGUGCAGGGAGUACCAAAGAAUAUCGAAGAGGUUCACCAUAGAUCCUUACUUAGGCGACGUGUCGGUCAGUAACUCCCCGUCCAGCGUCACGAGCGGCGGACUCAUGAGUCUGCCGAACAGAACCUCCUUCGCCUCGACUAUUAGUUCCACGUCAUCAUCCAGCACUCGCACCAGUGACGGAGCCUUCGUGGUCCCCCCACCUCCGAGGAAAUCCGUAUCCAACCCUACCACCACCGUGAAAGGUUACGAGGCGCUGAUGAAAAAACUGCAAGACAUAUUUUCGCACAUCAGAGACGCGUCCAUAGAAGCGAACCGAUCUCUCAACGACGACAAAAUAUCCGUCGGCAUUCAGGCUUCCAUAUCCGAAGCAACCUUCAGCAACGGCAACGCGAGUCCAGAAGAGGUCAGCAAAUGUGACAAAGCGACGCCGAAGAGCUCGCUCAAAAAGACACGAGUGAGAGGACGAAGGCCGAUAGCGGGGAAGACUAAGAGAGCCUUGCUGCCCACGCAACACGAAGAAGCGGAGUACAUGCAGGGAAUGAACUCGCCGGAAAUGAUCCCCAGCAACGGAGACACCGGGAAGAUAUCACCGAAAGAGGAAAAGCCCGCUGUUGUAGGAACACCGAAGUCGGUUAGCAAGUUAAAACAAAAACGUAGACCUCCCUCCCCGCGGCCGGCGACUCCGGUCGAGAAGGCGAUCGCGAAGCCCGAGUACCCCGGCUUUGCACCGGACACGGUAGUCCUGGCCAAAUGGGUGGACAAGAGAUACUAUUCCGGAAAAGUACUAGAGAUCACCGAACCCAACAAGUAUCUGAUCAAGUUCGACGACGGUCAGAGCAAAGUCCUCCUGGACGACUUCAUAAUAUUCGGCGACAUGAAGAAGCUGCCGCUGCAAGGACAGUCGGUGUACGCGCUGGUCGACGAGGAGUUGAACUACGAACCGGGACUCGUGCUGGGGGUGGAGGAGAACGGUAGCGGCACGGUCACUUACAGAUGCACCACCGACGGGGACACGAUAGUAGUGGUGACGGCAAGCGAGUUAUAUCUCACCGAAGACCAGGCCAGGUCGCUCAAGGAGUCCAGGGCCAGGUCACCAGCAACGCCGACCACGCCCAGGCGGAGACAUCACAGAGAGUUAGACCUCGAUAAUAUUAUACAGGGUCCUCGCAGUGCAAGAAGUCGAGACAAAGGCAGCUCCAGUGCAAGAAAACGAGUGGCGUCACCCAAAAGUCCCAAAGCGUCUACCUCAGGUGUUAAAACGAAGAGCAUAGCUCGCAAGCGUCUGGCUAGCGAAAGUAGUGAGCUGAGUGAGAACAGCAACUCGGCGCCGGCCAGGAUCGAGGAAGUCGCUGGGGUGGAGCCCGAGGUGCAGCGGACGCCGAGGAAGAUAGACGGAGUUAAGGCCGGACCCCUUCAGUUGAAGGGAGCGGCCAAACAGAACAUUGGGAAGAAGAAUUCUAAGCUGACGAAGUUUGAAAACGAUGAAGAUACUAUCUCAGCGCUGGGGCCCAUCCCCACCGACAGCAAGAUGUUCGCUGGCUACUGUUUCCUUCUAACAUGUACGGAACCACCCAAGAAGAAUAGAGUGACGGACAGGAAGGAGAAACAGAUGAACCAGGACAGCCGGCAUUACUCCUCGGAGGAAGACGGUGAGAGCACAGCCGCUGGGACGGACACGGAGGACCUGGUGUUCUGUGAACGACCCUACAACAAGGAACGACUGCGGGAACAGCUGGAAACAGCUGGAGGAGUUGUUUACAGUCAUUUCGACGACGUGCCAAAGACGAAGUACCCGCAAUGCUACCUGAUAUCGCCCCGUCCCUGCCUCACCGCUAAGUACAUCUCCUGCCUGGCCGCGGCGAUAAAGGCCGUGUCCCACGACUGGGUGAUACAAUCUUGCAUGGUGGGUCACCUGCUGGAUGUGGACUCGUUCGUGCUGCCCACCGGCUGGAGCUUAAAGAAGUCAUCAUUCGUUAAUUGGACGACAUCAUCUGGCAAAAGAAACACGACCUUCAAGGACAAGAUAAUACUCCUGUGCGGAGAUCAAGAUACAUUUGUUAAAUUCUGGGAGCGCGUCUGUACGUUGGCCGGCGCUACGACAAGAAUUGUCAAUGAAGAUAACUUAAAUAUGACCGGGGCCAUUGCCCUGGUGACCGAGUGGGACUGUCCUCAUGAAGUACAGAAUAAAGCGAACCAGGAUAACAUACCGCUAGUGUCGACGACCUGGGUGGUCCAGUGCCUGAUUGAGGGCAAGGUCGUCGCCCCCACCGCCUUGGACAAGUUCUCAUUUAUGUACGCGGAGCCCGAAUGAUCCUGGGAUUUCCGUAAAGUGCUCAUCAUACGUGAAAAUUGACACAUUGAGUGCUGCGGCUAACAGUUAAGUGAUAAGUGACGGUACGAACAACUAAAGAUGCAUAAAGAUAAAAAAAGAAAUAUAUCUUUAUAAGAUAAGUUAGCGUGUAACUAUAGUAAGUCUCCAAACUAUUGUUUGCUGGUCACAUUACUGAUGAACUAUCGAGGCUGAUUAAUUAAAAAAGUUUACCACAAGUCGUACACAGCGGACUGUUGACUUAAUGAUUAUUCCAUUGUUAUGUAUAAAGAUAUAAUAAAUAAAUAUGGGGCUUGUAAUGAAGGCUGUCAGAGCUCGGUUAAUAUAAGUUUGAACAAAUUAUAACUACUAUUCAUUAACUUGUGUCAUAAAUGAAAAUGGCAUGAGGAAAGAUGAAGUAUGGAAAGAUCUGAAGUCUGUUUGUCUCAUAUGCGGGUGAUUCUGUUGUAGAACGAAUCGUCACGACUUUAAAGCUAGUUUAGGUCAUAGGUUAGUCGAUUUACAAUUGAAAAAAUUACAUUCAUGUCUUUUGUAAUAUUUUUAUAUAUAUAUUUUUUUUAUCGAAAGGAAACUUUUUUUGUUGCUCUUUUUGUUUACAAUUUCUUUUUUCCUAUUCUAGAGUGUAAUAAAAUUUGUACUAAUAUUAUAGAAGUGAAUGUUCUUAAAUUAUAAGAAAAAUUAAUAUUGUAAAGCGAGUUCAAAAUGUUUGAAACGUGUGUGUAGGUGUAAGUAUUUAAAUCUUUGAUGCCUGUGACUGCUGGUCUCACUGUCCUAACAUAAUAUUUUGUGUUCAAAUAGAAUAUAAUUUUGACAUUUUUGACAAAAUAUAACUCACUACAUAUGGAUCGAUACUGUAUAUUAAUAAAAAAAAUUGUUCUCUCACACAAUAUGACAUUUCGACUUAAUUGCUUUGUUUAUUAUAUUUUGUUUGACAUUUUUUUUCUAAUAAAAUGUCUGUGGUGGUGUACAAGGCCUGCUAAGUGUGUCCGAUGCGAGGUGUAUCAGUUUUUCUAUUCCAUGUUUAAUGUAUAAUGUAAGUGACGUGUAUAUAUGAAGGUAGUAUUAUUUCAUUAUAGUGUGCGUUAUUCAAGUGACCUUUGGGCUAAGGCGGACUAUGACACAGUAAUCUUUACUUACGUCGUGUGUGCUCGCCCUUAGCUAGUAACGUUGUAGCUGCGGUGAAUUGUUGCAUUUCAGGACUUUGGAUAUAUUUUUUUUUAUGUUCUAUCAAGGGUAUCUGUAAGAAAUCUGGUAGACAUUGUAUUAUGUAACAGUAAAAUUAUAAAAACA